AUGACCACGCUUGCAUCGUCGUCGCCACCGCAGUACGCGGACGGCGUCGCAGCAGCAGAGGUGUCCGGUGCCGUCUCAUCGGCCGCGGCGCUGCCCGCAUCAGGUAGUCUCUCCACAAAUGCCGUGACGCGCAACUUCUCUGACCUCCACGCCCCGACGUGGUUUGCGCUGCUCUCCGCCAACAUUGGGGCUCGCACGUUUCUCUUCCACCCCAUACAGCUCGCGAUUAGUCGCAAGCGCGUGACGCGCGAGAGCACGCCGCCGACAGUCAUCGGCCUUGUGAAGGCGUCCUACCGCGGCGGUUGCACCUCGGCGUACGGCGCAACGUGCACCAAGGGUCAGUACGACUUUGGCAAGGGCGGCAUCCGAGGAUGCUAUCGCGGGGUCGGGGCGGCGCUGCUGUGCAAUCUGCUGGGCGAGACCAGCUACCUUUUCACGUUGGAGGCGAUGAAGGAGUACGUGGAAGCCGCCUCGCUCAAGCGCGCGGAGGAGAACAUAUUCGCCACGAGCAGCUACUCCGCCGCAGUCGGGGCAAUGUGUGGCGACCUCGUCGCCCUCCUCCUCGUGAGUCCCCUUGUUAUUGUGUGCAAUCGACAGAUGACGGCGGGGUACAGUAUGGCGUCGACGAACUCGUACAUGAGCGUGCCGCAGACAUUCCGCACGGUUUGGAGACUGUAUCAGAAGAAAGAGGUCGCCGCUGGACGCGCCUGGCCCGGCGAGCGCGUUCGCUGGGGGUUGAGCGGUGUGUAUCAGGGUCUGGGCGCGGGUCUGCUGCGCAUCCCAUCGAGCGGGUGCUGGUGGGGGAUUUACACAAAGUCAAAGGAGGCGCUCUACGUUGUUGCUGCACCAAAGCUGGCUGUGUGGGAACAGGAGUACCGGGACGCCGCAGCGGCGGCGUCAGACACCAAGCCGGUUCCCCUGUGGCGGCAGAAUUGGCUCCUCUCCCCAACGGACAACCCGCUGUUGAACGCGGUGGCGAGUAUCAUUGCCAGCGUGUGCACGACGCUCCUCUUCAACCCCAUCGCGGUUAUUCAGACACGUCAGCAAGCCCUUUCGCCGGGGCUCUGGGAGGAGCAGACGAUGAUGGCUGCUGGAGGGGGUGGGGCAACGUCCUCAUUGUCCCCAACGGUGCGAAAGCAAACGUGGAAGUCGUCGCUGCCGUUCCGCCGCGUCUACCGUGUCGCCGACGACCUCGCGCGCAAGGAAGGUGUACGGGGCUUCUUCAAGGGUUCACUGGCAAACGUGUCCAUCGCCGUGCUGGACGGCAUCUUCUUCACGUUACUGUUCGAGUUCACGAAGCUCGGCAGCGAUAUGCAGUUCCUCGAGAAGCUUCACACAGACUAA